UGCUUGACCAACCAACACAAAGUCCGUCAGAACGGAGAAGGGCUUUAACAGCAGCACAGCUACUAACUGCUGCUUCAUGUUACAAAGAACAAUUUGACACAAUUAAGACCGGGGCACACUUAUUGUGGAUGUAUUAUUUUCCUGUUGAUUUACGCAAACCAAAGAGACUGAUAAGUAACUCCUCGGAAAUCCCCGUUUAAUCUCGGGGUCCAGCACAUCAAACCCUUUCCCCUGAUUGAAGAAGCCACAAUCUAAAAUGGAUAACCUUCAUCCACAUUGCUUAAAAUGUAUCAACAGAAGAUGUAUGGUAAGACCAGAAACAGGUGUUUCAUGCGACCUCAUGUGCUGCCCUCUGGUCUGCGGUGCUGUUUUCCACACAUGCAAACUUGAGGAGCAUCGUUUGCUGUGUCCGUACGAGCGGCUGUCAUGUCUCAACAAGGAGUUUGGCUGUCCAUUUACCAUUGCAAGGAUCAGAAUGGCCCAGCACCUUAAGAUCUGCCCUGCCAGUGUAGUCUGUUGUACCAUGGAGUGGAACCGCUGGCCUGUCAGCUAUGCCGAUCGCAAGUCCUACGAGAACCUAAGCAAAGACUUUGAUGAGGUGGAGCAGCUAGACAUGGCUUUGGCCCUGCAAGAUCAGAGGAUGUUGUUGGAGUCCUUGAAAGUUACCACCACUAUGUCAAAAUAUGGAACCAUGGAGGAUCGUGAUGAAAGUGAGAAGAUGGCUAUAGCGUCAAGUUUGCCAGAAACUGUGUUAGAUAAUAAGAUGAUGGAAAUGGAAGAAGAGCCUUAUAAUGAAUUGUAUAGUGCCUCACUUGAGGCAGGCAGAAGUUUGGCAGUGGCCUUGGACAUUGUCUCUAGUUCUAAAGACAUGGAUGUCAAUGUAGGAAAUGUAAACAGCAAAAAGACUGAUAAGAAAAGAGUCCUUCGCAAUAGACAAAAUGGUGAUAAUCAUAAUGUUUAUGUUGCUGAGGGAGGUAGGAAUGUAAACAUGCAAGAGAGUGACUCUGAUUCAGAGUCUGAGCUGGGAGCAGUAGGUGGAGUGGAUUGUGCAGUAGGGACAGACGGAGAAGAAGAUGCUAUCAGCUGGGUGGAAGAAAAUGAUUUUGUCGAGUUGUUGUUUCAGGAAAAGGAAGAAAUUGUUGAAGAGCCAAUAGAUAAUUCUAACCCUUCCUGGCCAGAGAUGCCUCGGGACUUGGUGGGUCUGAGACCUCCUGUGCCUCAACAAGUACCUGUUGUACCCCCAAUGCCAUUCCUCCUGUCUGAUCAUGUGAGAAAUAACUUCCUGCAUUACUUACCCUCCGAACUCAGGUACAGGUGCUUGGAGCGUAAAUUCCAUAACGUUGAAGUCCUUAGAGGUAUAAGUAUGUUUACAUUCAACGGUCGACGGGCUGUCCUAUCAGACCCAUACUUGUUUCGAGCAAAAAUGGAGGACAAGGCAGUUGACACAUCUGACCUGGAGGUAGCUGAUGAUCCCAUGGGGCUACAUGGUAUUGAUCUAAUCACUGCAGCUCUGCUGUUUUGUCUUGGUGAUUCUCCAGGGGGCAGAGGAAUUUCAGAUAGCAGAUUUGUGGAUGGCUACCACAUUGAUUUUGGUACGCAGACUUUCUCCUUCCCUUCAGCAAUUCUAGCAACAAACACAAUGGUGGGAGAUAUUGCAUCAGCUUCUGCCUGUGACCACGCCAGUCCACAGCUAUCCAACCCAAGUCCCUUCCACACACUCAGAUUAGACCUCAUGCUGGAAUGUGUGGCCCGAUACCAAACCAAACAGCGCUCCAUGUUCACGUUUGUGUGCGGGCAGUUGUUUCGGCGAGAUGAGUUUUCAUCACACUUCAAAAAUGUUCACGGUGACAUCCAUGCUGGUCUCAACGGCUGGAUGGAGCAACGCUGCCCUUUGGCCUACUAUGGCUGCACCUACUCUCAGAGGCGUUUCUGUCCCUCUGUCCAGGGCUUCCAAAUCAUCCACGACAGGCACCUUGGCUCUUUUGGAGUUCGCCCCAAUCUCCCUCUAAAUAAUAGGGAAAACCAUCCAAGGAAGAACCGAUACUUGGAUUCUAAGUGCGACCAGUUCAGCUCCCUUCCCUUUGAGAUUUUGCAACAUGUAGCAAGCUUCCUGGACAGCUUCAGCUUGUGCCAACUAUCCAGAGUGUCACACACCAUGAGGGAUGUGUGUGCCAGUCUGCUCCAGAUGCGAGGCAUGGUGGUAAUGCUGUGGGAGAAAAAGAGGCGGGCUGAUGGAUCUCUGUCAUGGCAGAUCACAGAUAAGGUGUGGCGUUUCAGCACUGCUUUCGGCACAGUCGACGAGUGGAAGUUUGCCAACAUCGCCAGCAUGGCUGACCACCUGAAGAAGUGCAAGUUCAACACGAUCACUCGGCGGGAGGAGGCUAUUCCUCUGCCCUGCAUGUGUUUCACCAGAGAGCUGACAAAAGAGGGACGGUGCUUGCGUUCAGUUCUCAAGCCGGUAGCCUGACGUGGACCGCUGGACGUUUGAGAUGAUCAGCACUCAAAAGCUAAUUUUAUCCUCCAGUGUUUAUAGUGUUUACACAGGCUAGUCUCAUCCAGCCUGAGAAGGAUGGAUACCUCCUGGUUUGAUGCUGAUCUUCGUAUCAUGUUGGUAAGAAUCACACCUACAGAACGAGGCAGAUAUUUUGAUAGGUCAAAAGUAAUACUUUUGUAAGUUCCGAUAAAUAUUAACAAUGUUGGUCAGAAUUGGGACAAGCAAAUUUAAUUGGUUCUUUUUUUUCUUCCAAUGUAGAGUGGUUCAAUUCACCACUGUGUGGCAGUUUCACCAAUAUUUGACAUUCUGUACAUUAUUAGUAGUAUCUUUUUUUUUACUUUUUAUAUCAGAGUCAGUACUGUGCUUCACUGGAGUUGAGAGCAGAGCCUUAACUUGUUACACACUUGACUUUGUAGUCUUGGUCGAGAACAUCUCGUUACGAUCUCUUAACUGAAGCAGGAACAGUUUACUGGUGUUUUGCAGAGCUUUACAUUAUAGCCUCAUAUCCACAUUCAUCAUAAGUGUUUGCUGCUCGAGGCUGUUGGCAUAGAUGUACCUUUUUAAGACCAGCCACCGACCGCUGCUGAACUUUAUCGCUGUUGUUGCUGGGUUUAACAGAGUCCAUUUAAUAAUUAAAAUUAUCAGUAAAUCUUUUCCUGGCUUUUAGAACACUGUCCUGAGAUAAGGUGUAAUGUUCUAGUCAGUUCCUGUCUGUUAAUUGAAGGUUUAUCUCUUCUUAGAGAACCCUUUGGUAGAACUAUCUGUUAGAAUCAAACUGGGAUUUUCUAUGUUUAACGUUUCCCCAGAGACAUAAACAAAUAGGCAGACUUUGAAAAAAAAGUGCAAGAUAUACUUUGCUAAGAGACAGAUCCCAAGUUUUAUUACAUUAUUAAAUGUUCAGACCCAUCACAUCUGGAUCAAAUCAAUAACUGACUGUGUUACGAGCACCUUUGUCAGCAUGUCUAACAAUAGCAUCUUCCUUUUCAUGUGACCUCAACAACAGUUUUGUUGCUAGAUAGUGUGGUCGUCCCCCUGUUUUCUCACUUCUGACUCCCAUGCUGGUCUGUGGGUCAGAAGUGAACCAUAAUUAUCACCUGUGUUUCCGCAGCACAGCAAUGCAUUAUCUACCACCACCACCACUUUGAAAAGUAACCAGCAACUAUUUUUUUUAUUUUCUCUGAAAGUCUAAAUGUAGCUAGUACAAACAAACACUACCUGAUGAACAUCAGAGUCCACGAGUGGCUGUGGGUAGUGAUGACCUCACAAACCCCUGCAGGUCAGGCGUUUGACAAGAACAGGCACAGGCACAAUUAACCUUCAUUUAAAAGCACCCUCACCUAAAGCUACAGUAAUUAUCCUGUGUGUAUGCACUACAGGUCCACUGUGUUGAUGUUUGUAGUUUCUUGGUUGUCUCAGGGUUGUAGCUCGUAACUCUUCGUCUGAGUAGAUAUGUUGGUAUGUGUGUGUGAACACAAUCACAAAUCUUACACAUCAGUUUCCUGAUUACUGUGUGUAUUGUACCACACCACUCAGUAUUAGCCAUGUGUGUUUGUGUUGCAGUGCUGAACUAACCAUUGACACGUUUGGUGUGUGUGUAUGUACGUGUGUGUGUGUGUGCGCGCGUGUGUGUGCACGUGCACCCUAAAGGCUUCGGAGAACCUGAUAAAGACUGCUUAAGUCUUUGAAUCAGUUCUAGACUAGGCAUCUGCAACGUUUAACACCAGCAUUUUUUAUCAUAAAACCACUAAAUACAUUUAUUCAAGAUCCACACAACCAAGUCAACCAUUUAAAUUAAGUCAGCAGUGUAUUAUAUAAUCUUUUAAAUUCACUCAUUUUACAGAAUUAUUUCAAAUUAUGCAGCGGAAAUAUUUUCUUUUAGCUGUUAUUAGAGGAAAGACACAAGAUGCCGUUUCCACGUAACAAAUUCCAACAUUGCUCCCUCUGCUGUCUAAGGUAGAAGAGGACAAUUGUUUCAAUCUUGAUUUCUGUAAGAACACUAUUUGACUAAUUUGAUGUAUUAGUCAGAAAUAUUUUUUGCAAAGGACAGUCAGAGUCACUUUGUUCCAUUUACAGUACAUGCAGCCAAUGCCAAGAAGCUGAAGAGCCACGUGUUGCUUGGGACACUUUUUAUUAGAAGCACCGAAGCACCUAAAUGAAAUUCUUAAUGGUUGACAAUAAAAAUGUGUGUAACAGAGCAAGCAGCAGAGUGUGACCUAUUAAAGUGACACGUUCCACUCUACGUCCAACUGUUAGUUUAAGGACAGUUAUUGCUUUACUGUCCUAAAAAGUUGGAUUGCAGAAACCUUUGCUUUCAGAUAAGAUGUAAUCUGUCCUCAAAUUUUUCUGUAUCCCUGUACCUGAGGGUGAAUGUUAUCUUCUUGGUUUAAAUGUAUUUUAGGAUAAUCUGAUUAUUGACUAGGAAAAUGUUGGGGUGUUUUUUAUUUUAAAGCCUGAUGUGAUUAAACUAAACUCUCUUUUACACGUCUACAUCUUGAGGUGUUGCUGUAUUUCAAAAAUAUUUUUACAGGUACGUUUUGGUGUUUUUUGUGGAAAAAUAAUAGUUGGAUGAUUGAUUUGCACAUGAUGGCAUGUACUGUAAAAUGUAAUGUAAUCAGGACAUUGGGGGGCGCUGUUUACUCAAGCAGCAGUAUUUUUGCUCUCGUCGUGUUCUGCAUGUUUUUGGUGUCUGGGUAAAAAAAAUCACUCCGUACAGUUUUUCAUUCAGACGACAUAAAAUUAUUUUAGUUGUUAGAGUUUUUUUUUAAUGAACGAACUUUAUCCAGGGUCGAAUGGUGUUUUUUUUUUUUUUUAAAGUGUUAACAUUCAAUCAGCCUUCAGGACAAUUGUAUUUCGUCACUUUUGUUUUUACAACACUGACAUGUCUUUGCAGGCACCUGGAGUGUAUGAACAUUUUUUCUCAGUAUUAUUUGUUUUCACUCCGUGUGUAUGAAGUGUGUGUGUGUGUGUGUGUUUUCCCACCACAUGAUGCCAGCUUCAUUUGUUUGACUUUUGAAGCAUUUUAAUAAAACAACCCUUGGUUUUUAAUAUUGAGUUUUUGAUUAUACACUUACAAUUCCUUCUGCUGUACACUGAAAAGAAGAACUUUAUUGGUACCAAUUUGGGUAUUCUCGUGUUAAUGGCAGAUUUGGCUUCCCCCGGCAGGUGCCGAGCAUGUGGUUCCUCAAGUACCGACUUAUAAAGAUAUGCUCUAGGUGAGGCUCGAACUCACAACCUCGGCAUGACUCUGCAGGUUACUGUCUUAUAAGUACCGCGCGCUGACCGAUUGCGCCACUAGAGCUCGUAGAAAGUAUUUUCUGGCAGAUUCACUUUCCGUCUUCACAAUUGACUUCGCGUCCGGUUUCCCAGCAAUUUCUAAUUUCUUAGAUAAGCUCUUCUGAUCCUGAUUUUUUAAAACCAAAACUAUAUCGUUCUAUGGCAAAUACAUGCAAAAUAUUACAAAACACAUUUAAAUUAACUAGCCACCAUCGAUAUAAUUUUGUCGUGGUUAACUGAAUAUUCAACAAUUUUGAUUAAAAAACAACACUUAAUGCUGCCCCUUUUCCUACCUCUAGGUGGCACCAGAUUUCCACAUAAAAAUACUGUACUUGUUAUUCCGUAGAUAUUCAAUGUUGUUUAUGAUCCUUUUUCUCUCUCCUAGAAAGCAACGAUACUUUCUAUAUCUAAUUUUUCUCUAUAGUCAUACAUUAUUUUUAUUGUUACUUCGUUCAUACUUUUUUAGAUCUAGCUUUUGUUUUAACUUGUAAUUUUUUUACGUAAUUGGGUUUUAAACUUUGGACUAAUACCUUUAGUUUUUUCCAUUGCACCUGAUAAAGAGUUAAAGAAGGGUUAUACAUAAUACCACCCUACUCCGCUAUGAAAGGUGUAAUGCGCCUCCUCUCAGCCAGUAAGAACCAGUCUUGUCAUGUGAGUCGUUAGCAUGUUAGCCAGACCCGGGUAACAUAGUUUCUAAGUACUCUGUUUAUUCUGCACAUGUGAUAAUUAUAUAUAUAUAUAUAUAUCAGACUCUGAUUUUGCAGUGUUGUGAUUUUGUAGUGUGCCAAAAAAAAAAAAACCAAACAAACCUAAAAACGUCUAUUAAUUAUACGUUUUCAAGUCAGUUAGCCAAGUUAGCCUAGCCCUGACGUAGCGAUGUCAGGAAAUGACAUCAUGAUGUGAUCUAAGCUGUGGAGCACAAAUGAACUCAGAGGGCCAGCGUUCAAAAACCGCAUGUUAUUUUUAGGUUAUAUACACAUUUAAAAUGUUUUCUGUUUGUUGUUCUCACUGUUUAGGAGGUAUAUGUACAAUGUAUUACUGUUGUUAGUUGGGUUUUAGGUAAACUUUAAUGUCGAAUACCUAGUGGUAACACAGUUUCUCACAGAUUUUGAUCUUGUUUUUAGACAACAGGAUGUUGCAUUAGAGCAGCAGAGCAUAACAUAAUUCAGCUGUUGUACAUCUAAAUCUUUGACCAAAGCUAGAAAAUAGCUUUUUGCCACCAAUGGUUUAGAGUUUUGCUGAUUCAUGCUCAUGAGAUGUAACUCCUAAUACACACAGAACAUUUUAAUUAUUUGGAGAAGUACAAAGAGAUAAUUACUUUAAAAUUUUCUGUUUUAUACCAGGAGUGGGGUUCGAACCCACGAGGACUAUUGUCCAUUGGAUCUUAAGUCCAACGCCUUAACCACUCGGCCAUCCUGGUUAUUUUUCAGACCCUGAGUUGUUAAUUCAUGAUGGCAGUGAUAAGACCAGUACCAAUGGGAUUCUAUUCUGUUAAACUAACGAGACAGAGGGAUGGGCCUGCUGUGCAAACAGAAAGUCAUCUGAUUCUUUUGUCAUCUGAAUGAACACACAUGCGUUUGUUAAUGUCUUGGUAAACCGGCCCUGUAAUACAAAUAUAAUUAAUACGGUCAGUUUGUUUUUUAGGAAACAUAAUGGAAGCACAAGACGGAUUUGUCACUGAUGGUGGAUUUUGAAAAUCAUUGAGCCGCAGCUAUAGGUUGAGAUAAGCGCACAUGAAGAUAUGAGCUGAAAUAUUGCAAAAUAUGCAAUCAACACCAUAGUAGCAGACCCGCCCAGCUGACCACAAUAGGAUUAGUGUUUUUCAUUCUGAAAAUGUGUGAAGCAACAGCUGUCCUGAUAAAGAGCAGUAUUUUAAAUUCUGGUUCCUCCCCAUCACUGAGAAAUCUUGAAGUCACAUCACGCUCAUCUCUGUGUUGUUCUUAAUAACACUCUGUAAAUGCAACACCCAUAUCUGACCUAAUAAUUUAUUUGCACUUGGACAUGUGGUUUAAAACCGGCUGAGUGAAGAAGACAGUUGCUGAAAGAUUUUAUUUGGACACAUCUACAAGCGCUUAUGCAGUUAGAACUGGCGGAUUAUACUUAAAUAAAUACGCAUAGACCAGUGUACACCAGGAAAAUAUAUCAUUGGUAAUCUUAAAUACUUGAAAUAAAGUGCAAACGAAACAAACUAACAGAGCAGAUGACACCUCUAGGUAGAUAUUUAGGUGGACAAUAGUCUAAUAGCUUAAAGCACUGGGAAGACUGGAAGUAGUUCAGGUUUUUGUGUUGAAACCAUAAAGUCUUAUAUCAAACAGGGGGUCUCAUUGACAAAGACAUAUAUCUGAUCCUCAUUUUGACAACUAAAGUUACACUUAGCAUCAGUUUAACCAAUGUGGAAAAACUUGGUCUUCUUGUCCAUUAUCUUCAUUAUCUUUGUUAGCACUAGCAUAAGGACAUAAACUUUGUGCAUUUUGAAAAAAAAACAGAUUUUGUGGAACUUAAAAGUUUGUCUCCCUUUAUGUCCCUUGAUGGUAGUUGAAAUAGGUA